UUGCAUAAUGACGUAAUUUGUGUUCAUUCCGAUACGCUGCAAAAUUUGUUUACAUCAUGUGCUUCAAAUUUUUAAAUGCGCGUAGAUACGCUAGCCAACUUGGGAAUGCAUGUAUUCUGUAUAAAGUCUAUGUUUUCAGCAGCAGGUGCGGUAGGAUUUUGAUUGAUUGCAAUGGAAGCGAAAGAGGAAAGUGAAUCAGUUUCUUCUACUUUUACUCGUAAUGAAGAAAGCGGGAAAAGAUGGGGAUGCAGAAAUAAGAAAAACGCUAAAAAGAAGAUUACGUUAGUGUAUUUAUUGAAAGUUAUAUGUUCAUCGCAAGAAACAUGCCUUGACUGGCUAAAAAAUAAAGGUUUAAUACCAAAAAUAAUGUUCUGCCCUAACUGUAGCAAGAAAAUGAAAUUUGAAAGCCAAGAGAAUGCUGUGGAUGGCUAUGUGUGGAUCUGUAAGGAAUGCAGAAUUGAUCCGCCACAAUAUUCUUCUAGACAUGGAUCUUGGUUAGAGACUAAAGAUGCACCUUUGGUCGACAUUUUGCUCUUCACUUAUUUAUGGUCUCAUGGUUUUGAUGAAUCUAAAAUUGUGAAAGAAAUGAAUAUGUCUCUUGAAGAAGUUAAAGACUGGGAUGUCACAUAUAAUGAUAUAUGUGAUGCAUUGCAUCGUAAAAGUCUGCCGGAUGGUGAGGAUUGUGAUGAUCAAAGCAUUUUAAAAAUAAGCAGCAAGGAAUCUCCUGCUGUUAUAUGGCGAAAGAAGAAUCGAUACAAGGAUCCAUUUUUGGAGUUCCUGAAAGAUGCUGAUUCCUUAUAAAUAUAUAUAAAUGUAUAAUUUGACUAAUUUGCUGUUAUAAGAUAUUUAUUUUUGUUACCAGGUUGAAUACCAAUAAAUAUAUUUAGUUUAUUUGAAUGGCUUAUUUUUGUUUCAGUUCUUAGAGAUGUAAGAAAAAUAUAUUAACAAAAAUGACUUUAUGCACAUAUAUUAAAUUUUAAAUUGAUUCCUAUUACUGUAUAAAUAAUUGAUGGCAUUAGUGAUUGAGAAACUUUAAGAAGUGAUACUGAAAUGUGGAGAUGUAUAUUUUAAAAAAUAAAUAAAUAAAAUGUUUAAACUUGUAAA